AUCUGUAACUUUGAGGUAAUUUUAAACCAGCUCAUUUUAACCCGAUAGUGAUUAGCCAAGCUAGCAGAGGAAGUAAUGUAAAAGAACCUGAAUUAAUUUAUUAGGCACCAUUUAACAGUGUAGCUCUUCGUCCGCAAUGGUGUAAAAGUAUAAAUAUAGUAUAUUAGCACACUAAAUACUACAAUGUCUGGGGAUUUCUUGAACGUGAUAAUGUGUUGUAUGGCUUUAUUAUUCACGAUUAGUGGACCUAAAUAUGUACAUGCCGCUUCGUGUUCGAAUCGUUGUCAUUGGAUAGCAUGGGAACCGUGGUCUGAAUGUUCUAGAACUUGUGGUGGUGGCUCGCGUUCAAGGCACCGGGAAUUCUGCUGCAAAGCUAGUUUGGCAGAUGACAUAGCCGCAUGUUUAAGUGACUGUGGUAGGGAUCCAAACGACCGGUCGGGGUUUCAUGACAACGGUGAAUGCAACACUUGGUGCUAUAAUGGCGGAACGUUUUCAACAAAUGGAUGUAAUUGUCCAGAUAUAUAUUAUGGCUACUGUUGCGACUCAGAUUGUCCUGCAAUUAGCGAGUGUAAACUCCGAAGUUGCACAGCAUACUACAAUGUCUACUGCAAAGAGUGUAAUGAUGACAAUGUCUUCUUCAAGCGUUACAACAGUGAUAAGGAGUGUCAGAGAAUGUGUUCCUGGAACAACCACUAUUGUUGGCCUGGAAGCUGCAGCGGACAUGGUCUUACAAAGGAUUGCACAUGCGCAACGGAGUUUAGGAAGACUUCAACAGCUGGAGAAACUUCAUGUCAACCAACUAAGACGCCAUCAAUUUCAACUUGUGACACCGUUGCUAUCGGUCCAAAUGGAGAAAGGAAGAGAGCAACUCCAUCGACCUCUUCUACCGCGUGUCAGUUUUUACAAGAUAUGUACGGCAAUUACCAGCCGUCUGUAAUGCAAUUUAAUUUGGUCACGGACUACACUAUUCAUAUUUCCAGCAAUUCGUCAUUUAUUGUUGAACAGAACUUUGGUAUAACGGACACAACCAUCCAUAUUAAACGCCAAUCUGUGUCAGGAACAUCCGCUACAUUGACAACAGAACGGCAACUCAUUGACAUAAAUUUAAGUCAGUCUGUUACUAGAAAGCAUCUAGAUUCAGGCAAUAUGACUGUUACUGCUAGUAUCUAUAAUUUGUCAAAUGGAGAAGCAUUAUGUUUGGAAUACGAAGCUAAAGGUGGCGGAUAUUUGAAACCAAAGGAUACUAGAACGACACCCCACACUGUUCUCAGCGCUAAGCCAUAUCACAAAACUACGAAACAACGAACUGUCUGCUAUCGUUAUGACAGCCAUCCACCUGAACACUGUCUAAAACUUUCGACGUGCACAUAUGAGCCUUUGCAACUAUAUAAACGAAUAACACGGAAUUCCGUCCACAUUGUUAAGUUUGACGGUUGGUUUGAUCCCGUCCCUCCAGGAGGAGCGCCGCACACCGCUUCAUCCAUUGAGAGCUACGAAAUUCGAGUUAAUGAGGUUUUGCCAUCGAAAGGGUUAUCGAAGGUAGAUUACACAACCAACGUUGUAAGUGCAAAGGUUAACCACACAGUCAAAAGCAUGCAUUUAAAUUUUACUUCAGACACACCAAUGCUCUAUUGUUUGACGCUUGAGGUUAAAGAUGUUGCAAACAAUGUUCGUCAGUGUCGGCGUUUUGUUCUCUACGAUAACACUUCGUACAUUCAAAUAUUGAAUGAAAAGCCGUUCAGAUUUACAUCUGCCUCGCCUGCUACAAAUUACAAAUGGCAAACUCAUCACAACGAUGUCUGCAUCAGCUGGAAAGAAUACUUUUACAACGAUUUCUACCUAAACAAUCAACUUCUCAAUCCUAUUGAGUCCGUACCGAACGGUCUUAUUACCGACUCGUACGAGCAAUCAACUGGAGAAAUACCUGUCUCGGGGACAACAAAUGUAAACGGUAUUAUUGCAUAUGAUGUAUCUUGGAGCCAUAACCAUGGCUCAUUCUCAGGAGAAAUAUCUGUUGCCUCCUUCAUGAACCAAUCGUUUUGCACGGAUCUUAAUGUCACUGACGGAGAUACAUACACUCUGAACGUAAAGGCUAUUGAUAUUGCUGGAAAUACACUGAGCGAUAACCGAACUGUGUUUAUUGAUCGGUCAGCGCCACACCUCAACGACAUUUGGCUUGAAAAAGAUGGGUACGAAAUGUUGUUUGUACAUAAUAGUACGGACCUGUCCAAAAUGAAAAUGACGUUUAAUGCACUCGAUCCACACAGUGGCUUAUCUAAAAUACAUUGGGUAUUUGGAAUAGCCGACACAAAGACAGAAUUACUGAGUGAGCACCUUGCUGUUAGGACUAUAAAUGAAUCCUGCUCAUCCGCACAGUGUUACUGUCCAGAUAUAGGUGAAUGUGCAUUCUUCAACUACACAAUACCACUCAACAAACUAAAUGCCAGGCACAUUGGCAAUCAUAACAGAAAUUAUAAUUUUACAAUAAAAGUAACAAACAUGGCUGGGCUUUCAACAACGGAACAUAUUGAUGUGCUUGUUGAUGAAUCGCCUCCUUCAGAAGGUGUUGUUUUCGAAGGUCCAGAAGAUUAUAAUGAUAUUGACUAUACAAGUGCUGAUUCUAUUAUUGUGCACUGGCAUGGUUUUAUUGACCACGAGAGCGGUAUAAAAUUGUACAGGGUUGGAUUGUCCGACAGAUGUCUGAGUACACAAGAUCUGUACAACUUUACAGAAGUACCAAGUAUAUCGAUUUUUAGGGAGCUUCCUUUCUCUGAAAAAUCAAUACGAAUCCCAAUGACUUUUACUGGAAAGCGAUUUGUGACUGUUAUUGCACUAAAUAAUGCCAUGGAACCUUCGAAGCCUGCAUGUUCAGAUGGCCUUACGCGUGAUCUUUCACCGCCAGAAUUUAGAAAUAUGACGGUACAGCAUGGACAAUUAUCAGAAAGCCUACUCUGUUUGGAAGGCGAAGUAUAUUUAAUGCAGACAAACAUGCAAAGAGCAAAGCUGUAUAAUACUUCCGUUUGCCGUAGUAUUUGUGCUACUGAUGUUGAAUCGCACAUAGUAACCGAAAUAUAUCAGACACAUGAUAUAAAAGGAAAGGAUGAAGAUAUUUCGUCGUUUCUUUGCGAACACUUACCAUUGUACACAAACGAUACAAUUAUGUAUCUUCCCAAUGAUAACAUCUUUAUCACUUGGGAUAUUGAGGAAGACGGAAGUCAAAUUCAAGAUUUCUUUGUUGGAUUAGGACUUAGUCCUACUGAAAUAGAGAGUCCGUCCAUUGUAGCGUAUCAGUCUACACAAAAGAAAACCUAUUUCAGACGAAAACAUGAAGGCAUAGGCUCUGACGAAUUAUUCUUCAUUUUCGUGAAAGUAAUCAAUAAAGCUUGUUUGGAGAGAAUCUCAACAAUAGGCCCUGUACUCAUUGAUCAAACACCGCCUUUGAAUAGAACCCUUCCCCAAGUUAUUGUUGAAUCUGAGCACAUUGUAUUUGGAUGGGAUAGCAACACAUUCUAUGACGACGAGCAAACUGCACAAAUCGAUCAAAUAUUUUUCCAGAUUGUACAAAAUGGUAUUGCUGUAACACCGUAUCUGGAAUGGCGUCUAGAUACAUCCUCUCCGUGCCAUUCGUACUCUGGUGGAUGCUUUAGAUAUCCCCUACGCCGUUUACAGUUACAAGAUACGGACAAUUUCCUCGAGUUUUACAUUAACAUGCAUGUGUACAACAAUGCUGGUCAUUAUUUAUCUCUAGAAAGUCAACCAUUUCAGCUCCCAUUAAGAUAUCCUCCCGGACAAACUGUUAUAUCUGAUAUAGAUCCCUCAGUGAAUAAUAGUAUUGUGGACGUUGACGCUCAUUUUACGAAGGAAGUGCUUUGUGCAAGUUGGAAAGUUUUCUUACACCAUGAGAAUUUAGCAUUGGAAGUAGGAGUAGGACUCUCAAAUGCUACUGAUGACGUAGUAAAUUACCAACUCAUAAGCAACAGCAACUCGUAUUGCAUACACUCAGUUGAUAUCAGACCAAAUAUCAAAUAUGUUUUCUUGUUAAGGUCAUCCGACACCGGAGGAGUUUCGGUUUCUUUUUCUGAUGGCAUAAUGGUUUUAGACAAAGACGAAAUAACGCAUUCACUGUCCGUCAGUAUUGGGCAUGACUGCUCGAAUCAAGUAUCAAAUACUUACGAUGUUAGCUUAACAAACAACUCAGCGCGUGUGACAAUUAAAGAACCGCUACACGUUGGCCAACGUUAUAUCUUCAACACUCCGUUCAAAACUGUUGUAACAUCAGACGACGGAAUUGUUUCAAAAGAGGGCAAGGACACCUUCAUUAGACCAUUUGUGAACAGACCGGUUUUGGUUAUAAAAGUUGAACAUUCAACCAUGCUUGGUGACGUUUUAGGAUUUCAACUAAUUGAAUGCCCAGUUCAGAACGUUGUUCUUCAGUCUAAACGACUGAUCGUUAGUUGGAAGUUUGUUGAUAAACAUCUUGUUUCUCUUUAUAAAAACAUGGAACUGGAAUACAGGGUUGGGGUCAGCGAAAAUAAUUUAAUCGUAGGACAGAACAAAACGUUAGUUGUACCUUUCCAACCGGGUACCGGUAACAACUUUACCAUUUUAGAAAUUUUAAACUUUCUAGCCAACAAGAAAUAUGUUGCUGAAGUAAAAGUCUGUUCAAAACAGGAUUGCAUAAAUCCGGUACAAUCGAAUGAGUUCUCUUUUGAAAGGCUUGAUCCAGUUUUGCAGAUAACCAAAGCAUCUAUUUUGCUUGAAGAUUCGUGUGUCCGUGUCAGAUUACAUUGGUCAAUUGAGGACAAGGAUAUUGUUAUGGUUUAUUAUCAAUGGACUUUAGCUCGGGACGCAGAUGGUCGGAAACCUCUUCUCACGUGGAAAUCCAUUACUAAUGACUCCAGCGAAAUAACGGUUGAAGACUGUGUUGUACUGCCCGUCCAUGGACAUAUUUCCUCAUAUGCUUGUAUAAAUGCAUACUCCGUCAGCGGACAAUCAAUUAGACGCUGCAAAAAGCUAACAGAAUUAGACUUUGGAACAUAUGAUGCAACUGUUGUUUACGACUUUGAUACUGGAUUGGAUUCUUGGAUGCAAAUUCAAUCGAUAAUUCAUAGUUCGGAUGCUGGCGACAUGUAUACGUUCUUGCAUGACAACGAACUAGACUUUGGUACUAAUAAGUUAAGGCCAGCCGCAGCAGUUAUGCACGCAAAUGAGCGUUAUGUAUCUUGGUAUUUGAUGACAUCACGGCAUGUACCCCAUGAUUGCUACACAGAUGUAUCUUGUUUAAAAGAAAAAGUCACAACGGAUGGUUUUGCUGUUUUCGAAGAAGCCGAUGUGUUCGUUGACGCUACAUUCUAUGUGUGUGCUUUCUCAAAUAAGACAGUAGUUGAAAGGGAAUUGUUCACUGAAUUACUGGACGAAAUUCAGUCUUGCAGUGACGGAUUUAUUUUAGACGACACUGCUCCCAUCCCUGGGAAUAUUCAUAUCCAAAACGUAAAUGGGUAUUUAACUGACAUCGAACAUGUUGUUAUAACAUGGGAUCCGUUUUUUAAAGAAAGAGGCGCUACUCUUCUUGGAUAUCCAGAAAACAUACAACAUUACGCAAUCGGUGUUGGCUCCAGUCCCAACAGAGACGAUAUUAUAUCGUUCCGUAACACGGGACAAGAAACGACUGCCGUGUUAUCUUUAAUUGGCAUCGCUGAUGGCACUUCUGUGUACUUUACUGUAAACGGAUCUGACCAUUUCGGGCUUUCGUCAGUGGCUGUUUCAACGGAGUUUGUUACGGACACAUCAGCACCAAAGGAAGGGAAAAUACACUUUGAUCAACAACAUGCGUAUUACAACGGUGACACAAUAAGUAUACGUCUUGUUGGUUUUCAUGACGAUCACAGCGGAAUAAGUCAUUUUAAUGUCGGAAUCGGAUCAAGCGACAGCACGGUGGAUGCAUUAUCUAUGACAAAGUAUUAUUCAGAUACUUUCAACAUUGAUCUUCAUGAUUCAAAUAUCCUAGAAGGCUAUGAAUACUUCGUUCUUGUGCAGGCGAUCAACAGGGCAGAUAUUCCGAGUACAAUCGUGUCAAAACGAUUUAUUUUAGAUAGAACACCACCUUGUGGAGGACACGUUUUGGAUGGAAUCUGGGAAAGCAAGAUUGACCUUGACUAUCAAUCAGACAUAUACACGAUCCAUGCACACUGGAAAGAUUUCUCAGACAUAGAAAGCCACAUAGACUAUUUCAAUGUAGGACUUGGAACAGACCACUACGCUACAGACGUUCAGUCAUUUAUAAACGUUGGACUGAAGCAAGAUAUAAUUUGGAAUGGUCCGUUUAUCCCAGGAGAGAAAUAUUACACAACAGUAGAAAGCUGUAAUAAAGCUGGACUCUGUACACAAAGAUCGUCAGAUGGAAUUAUAUUGGACAACUCACCACCAAUCAUUGGUCGUGUACAAGCCGGGUCUAGUGUACGACACAGCAGAUAUUUACCGUUAAACACGUCACUGAGAUUACAAUGGGCUGGAUUUGAGGACCCUCAUUCAGAUAUCGAUCAUUUUGAAGUGUGUUUAGGACGUCAGAAAAACAUGUGUGACAUUGUUCCUUCAUUCAAUGCCCUUCUUCAGUCUUAUAUGAUAAAGUCGAAUAUAUCUCUGCCCAUAAAAACGCCAAUUUUUGCAACUGUUUGGGCCUUCAAUGGAGUCGGGAUGAACGUUUCAAGUGCAUCCGAUGCGAUUCUCGUGGACAUAACAGCACCUUACAACAAAAUAAAGCCUUCAAUAAUGCUUGAUUAUAACACAAUCAAGGACAAAACCUCUCAAUGGGAAAAGUCGAUUAUUAGAGUGUUUUGGGAUUUUUUAGACGACGAAAGCCCGAUAUAUAGUCACGAGUUAUCCCUCUUUACACAUCAUGAAGGACACACACCAGUUGAAAAAGUACAUCUCGGAUCCGAAAAACAGUACACCAUUAACUUAGAUGGAAACAAUUGGCUGCAUAAUGGUGACACAUAUUUUGUUGUUAUUACUAGUUGUAACGCGGCAGGGCUAUGCUCAACAGAGAGAACAAACGAUAUUCUCAUCGACUCAACUCCCCCACACCAGGGUGGACUAAAACCACAAAUGCUUUGGGAAAAUUAUAGAGAUACCAGUGGACUCCACUCCACUGUUUCCUUGACUUGGUAUGGUUUCUACGAUCAGGAAUCUAGUAUAGAUAGAUAUUAUGUUACUGUUUCAAGGUAUUUUAGCAAGCAGGAACUGUCCGGUGGUGUCCUCAUCCGAAACCAUGAUAACACAUCAGACGAACAACAUGGCAAUUUCACACUUACAGAAGCGUUAAACCCUAACGAUCUUAUAAUUGUUUCUGUCUGGACUGUAAAUAGUGUAGGAUUAAACAGCUCGGUUGCACGUGUAUCUCUAUUUUCAUUGUCAAGUAUGCCAUCUUCCGUUAUUAUUGAAAAUCAGCGGGGAAUACUCGAACUCGAGAAGCACUCUUGUGACGUUCAUUUUUGCAACAAGGACUGCACAUGCGCUGUAGUUGGAAAACCAUGCAAUGCAGUUGAAACAAAUAUGUCCUGCGUCGAGAUUGAUGCAUUUAACACGACUGAUAGCGACUUGACAAAGUUUGCAGUUUUUGGAGGCCUUCAGUUCCAGCCUUUAACUUUAACGGCCUCAUCAGCUUGUCUCGCCGGUCACUGGAUGCAGAUAGAACACUCGAGAAAGGAUCCAGACAUUCAUAGAUUUGAGUGGAGUAUUGGAAUUCAUAAUCAACCGUAUGGAGAAGGGGUUUUCGAUUUACAAAAAGAGUUUCCCUGGGUUGAUAUAGGUUUGCGACAAGAAUUCGUUCACUGUCUGCCAAUUAAUAGAUCGCUUGUCCAUGGCGAGCUCUACGACAUUUACGUAAAAACAUGGUACGGACCAAGUGCAUUCGCAAUCUUUACGUCUAAGCCUAUUAAGGUUGAUCAAACAUCACCAAGUUUGCGUAGAGGACGAUAUAUCAUUGAAGGAAUUGACGAUUGUGCAACAGAUCUUGACUUCAUAGACUGGACCGAUGAGAUUUCGGCUUGUUGGUCCGGAGUCUUUAGUGAGCAACAGAGUUAUAUACAACAUUACUUGGUUGCUUUAGGAACUUCACCGAACGUCGAUGACGUAUUUGCAUCAGAGAUUAUUGGAUUGAACACUAAUAUUUCCAUCGGAAAUCUGACUUUGGAGCACGCCGUUAAAUACCAUUUUACUGUCACAGCUGUGAACACGGCAGGGCUUCACACUUCGUUAUCGUCAGACGGUUUCAUAGUUGAUACGACCCCACCGACAAAUGGCGUUGUUUUUAAUACAAUUACGCAUAGGAACGUUGCAUACCAAUCAUCCGUUACCUCUCUGGGACUUUCGUGGCAUGGGUUUCAGGACCAUUGUUCAGGAAUAAAAAGUUACUAUGUUGCUGUGGAAAAUCAGGAGUCAUCACAUUUGUAUAGGAAUUUCACACUUAUUGGUCUCAAAACGAGCGUUACAUUCAAGGAUGUAGACUUGAUUCCUGGAAGCGUUUAUUACGGAGUGGUCAAGGCCAUUGAUGCCGCGGGACAUGAAAGUGACGUUAUUGUUUCCCCAGGGGUUAUUAUCGAUCCUACUCCACCCAAAGGCUACGACUGUAUCCAAUUUGAAAACAUUGUUGCCAUUGAAUUAUUAGAGAACUCGGAGGAUACUUGGACAAAGACAAUUGUUGCGCAAUUAGACAAAGAUGCAAUAUACAGAAUAGAAGGAUCUAUUGAAAAUGCUUUUGUAGAUUCAGUUAUUCUUCAAAUCAAUCGUUUCAUGACCAGAAUUCCAACUGUUCUGAAUCAUAAACAAUUUUCUGAAUUUUCAUAUACUUUCAUGCCAAUUGAAAAUAGAACCCAAAACAUUACAAUCAUUGUUGAAAAUCAUAAUAAUUUCAAUAACAUCUUAAAACAAAUUCAUUUACAAAACUGUACGUCUUUCAUGGAAAACAAGUCAAAAGCUCUUCAUGUUCGGCAAAUAAGACAUGAUUCUGUAGCUGUUACUGCUAUGAUUCAGGAUAAAGAAAGUGAUCUGAAAAGGGUACAAAUUGGUGCCGGUACAACGCCUGGAGGGUUUCAAAUUCAGCCAUUAACUGCUAUUCAUGCUGAUAUAAUGAGUGUGGUUAUUAAAGGCCACCUUGUUCAUGCGAUGAAAGUAUAUACGACAGUUAUUGCUGAGAAUCAUGCAGGCCUGACAUCUGUUUUCCAGUCAACAGAACCAAUUAUUAUUGACCAUACUUCUCCGCUUAUCACCGAUCUUGAAGCUUCAGCAACGGUAGUCUUUGUAAAUAAUUCGGGUGAGAUCGCUUCGAGAGUGAAGGUUAAUGCAACCUGGAAUGUGCUAGACGACGAGAGCGAUAUUAAACAUUGUACUUGUUCUAUUGGACUGCUCCCAAACAAAGACAAUGUACAAAACCAGUGGUAUGCAGAUACUCUGUCAUCGUGUGAGUCAAACCUCCUGCAGCUUAAACACGGCGAUAAGGUGUACGUCAAUAUCAACUGUGUCAAUAAUGUUGAGCUAGCAACGACAACAACUGUAGCCUCCAAUACCGUAUCCAUGGAUUUCAUUACUUCAAACCAAGUAACAGUUAACAUUUUACCAGUUAACGAAGGUGUGUUCAGCACAAUACCGAUUACAGAAGGUCCAACUAAAAUACAAUCAAACACAUCCUUGGUGCAGAUCAGUUGGUCAGAAUUCGAAGACACAUCAGGUAUUGACUUUUACGAGUAUUGCAUAUCAGACGACAGAAAUACUACCAUCGUAGACUGGACAAAUGUUCAACUGAAGACAGUGGCAAGUGCUCGCGGGCUAACACUACACAAUUCAGAAACAUUGAGUGUAAGCGUCAGGGCAACAAACACUGGGCAACAUAGAAGUGAGGCCGUCCACGCUUCCUUAUUUACCAUAAGUGAACCUCCGGCUUUGACAGGAAGCCCAAUGCUUGUAUCUAGAAAUGAGCAUCAUAUUCACAUCAACUGGGAACAAGCAUUCGAUACUCUUCCGGAAAUUCCAGUUGUUUAUAGCCUCGUUGUGGGAUCAAAAGAAGGAUUCACCGACAUUCUGGAUAUCAGCUAUUACACCGGACAUACGUAUGACUUCGUGGCUCCAUCGUCAACGCUCAUUUCUCCGAAGAUAGCAGAGCUGUUUAUUACUGUAACAUGUGCUUAUCCAACAGGGAUUUGGAGCGUAUACAGGACAAUAUUCACCAUGUAAUCAUAUAAACUUCCUAGUGACAACGCUUUGUUGUCAAAGUGGUCAAGCUGAUGUGUGCGCGCGCGUGUUUGUGCGCGUUUGCGUGCAUGCGUGCUAUCGUAGGUUCGCGCGUGUAAUUUUUUCAUAAUAUUACUUUCAAUAUAUUUAUAUCAAUGCUUUAUUGAAGUGUGAUUUUGUUACUCUGUCUUAUUUCUACGAUUGAAGUAUGUUCCUUAAAUAUAAAAUUCAAUGCAGGCGGAGAUCCGGAGAAUAGUAACUUUUAUAAUUUUCCGUCCGAUUUGUUUGCUAUAUUUUAAUCCUGUCAUGUAUUUGUUUGGUGUGGUACAGAUUAUUCCAUCCAUUGAUAUACUUUUGUCGUUUCAUGUUAUUGUGAAGAUGCACAUUACUUUUAAUUGCGUGUUUUGUCGCUUCCGUUUGUUUCAUAAUAAAUAGCAUAAGCCCAGUG